UUGGUCUCACAUACUUACAGUCCAAGAUGGAUAAUCAUCCUCAAGAUUUUCGUAGAAUUUACCGUAUGUACCCAGAUUGCUUCAUGAAGUUAUGCAAUAUCUUGAGAGAGCGGGGUCAUAUACAAGACACAUACCACAUUAGUGUUGAGGAGAUGAUUGCUAUUUUUCUUCUCACGGUUAGUCAGAAUCAACGAUACUCUGUUGCAACUGAUCGAUUUGAUCGUUCAAAAUGGACCAUCAGUGUAUGUUUCAAUAAAGCAUUACAUGCAUUGGUAUCUUUAGCAUCAUGCUUGAUGGCAUCACCCCCUACUGAUCCACCUGAUAAGGUUAAAUCAGAAUCUCGCUUUUGGCCUUAUUCAAGGACUGUAUCGGUGCAAUAGAUGGGACUCAUAUACCGUGCAUGGUGUAUAACAUAUAUGAGACGCCAUAUCGAA